UGACCGAUCACAACGUUACCAUCCUCCCGUGGCAACAACACCCAGUCGAGAGCCGGAUCUGGGCCUGGAUCGAGGCGAGCGAGGACGAUCUUCAAUUCCUUCGACGCGAAACGGUUUUUUUCCCCUUUUUUUUCUUUCUCUCUCUUUCCUUUUCUCGUCCACGUAAACGCGCUUUCACCGCGACGAUGAGGGGAACCAUUCUCGUUUUCGUAGCUCUGCUCGUAGUUGUCUGUGCAACCGAAGUUAAUCACUGCGGAACCGGGGAGAAGUUCGAGGAUCCGAAUCAGGUUAAGAUAACCGGCUGCGACGUACCACCGUGCAAACUGAAACGAAGGACGAAGGCGUCGGUCGAGCAAAAGUUCGUCCCGAAACAAGAUGUCGAGUCUUUGGUCAACUCCGUGAACGCCGCCGUUCUUGGCGUACCGUUGCCGUUCGUCGGCGUAGAUGGGACCAGCGCGUGCGAUAACAUUUACAAUCUGGACGGGACUCCGGCUGGAUGCUCGUUGAAGAAAGACAUCGAGUACAUAUACAAGCGAGAGUUCCCCGUGUUGCAGAUUUAUCCCACGAUUUCCAUGGUUAUACAUUACGCGUUGAUGGAAGGAAACAACACGAUCGCGUGCUUCGAAGUUCCAGCAAAGAUCACCAAUUGAGAGCGUCGUCCCGUAUUUUUGCGGAGAAGAAGCGAUGAACGUGUGUUACCUCGGUAUAAGAAAAAUCUACGUACAACGCAAGAUGGAAGAGAAGCGUUCGCAUGGGAAAGAUACGAUCUCCGUGGAUAGAACGAUUCUCGCGUAGUCUUGUCUCACGAACGAGCUUAAUCAGUAUCAUAUAUAUAUAUAUACAUAUAGUGUAAUGCGAGUAAUUGUAAUUUGUUAAUAAAAGCUUUUGUAUUUCUUU